AUGGACCCUUCCAAGGCCGCUUCAAGCAAUGUGACCGUUGAAUACACGGAUCCAUCUGGUCUAUUCCCUCAGGUCCAGACAGUCAUCGAACCGAAGCUUCCCCUGAAGAACCUACACUGGAAAUCGCCCACCCGUCCCGCUCGGUCGAUCGAGUCGCUCCGUAUUGGCUUCACCCCCGCGCCAAAUGACCCUGCGGAACGGAAAUCAUCUAGCGACGGCACUGGAACUAUCCCGCACCGGCGGCACCAGAUCCCCGGUCUGCGACAGACACCGUACCUGAAAGUCUACCUCCUUCGAUGCGACGACAACGAUACCUACAAGGCCACGGUGCGCAAAGAACUGCGUGACUGGAUCAAAGCUCAGGGCUCAUCUACUAGCUCGCAAUCAACAGCCAGCAGCCAGGAGAAGCACGAUGCAUUCGAGUGGCUGAUCGUACACGUGGUGCAGGACGGUGAUGGGGAGAAGACACCAACAACUACGUCGAAAUGGGGCCGGAGCUCAAGUACGGUCUUAGAGAAGAUCAAGGCAGACUUCAAUGGGUCGUCCAAAACCGCCGUCGACCGCGUGGCACAGUUGCGGCUUCCGAAGGAGGGAAUCGCAAAGCCCCCUGAGUUGACCGACCAGGUGGAAGACCUGAUUGAGAAAAUCAAGAAUGGAAUACUGGCUUCUUUUGACCUACGCGUGGCUCAAUACGAAGAGGACAUCAAGGAGAAAGACUCGCAGCGCAGCCUCCCUGGUUGGAACUUUUGCACCUUCUUCAUUCUCAAAGAAGGCCUCGCUCGUGGGUUCGAGAACGUCGGUCUCUUCGACGAUGCGCUGGCUGGAUAUGACGAGCUUGCCGUUGGUUUGGAUGCCGCUAUUCGAGACCAACUUCUUGGAAACAACGAGCAGCAUAGCACUAGGCUUCUGGAGUCUAGCAAGAUCUGGUCGGAAAAUGCCAAAAAAGCCCUGGAAAUGGGGACGCCGACAACAGGUGGUUCUGCUAACGAGAAUCAUUUGGAGAUCCAGCCUGAAGAUUUCCCACUUAGCUCCGACAAGAUGCCCUACCGAGAAAUGAUCCUGGCAAGCGAUAUUUCGAUCUUCGACUUCCGCACCUAUGUCUUUUCCCGACAGCUCACCUUGCAGCUUCGAGCUGCAAGAGCUCCAUCGUUGGCUGCCAGCGAGACAAUCAAGAAAGAGAAGAAGCCAGAAGAUCUCAUCUUACUUUCAGAAAUCUGUGGCAGAUCUACGGAGUUUAUCAGUCUCGCCGCUCGCACGCUCCGAUACGAUCUCGAGUGUGGGCUGGCAGAAGUCGAGAACGAUGCCAAGACAGACCUCAUUCACAACAUGGUGUCUUCAUGGACAUAUUCAGCGGCUCUGCAAAUCCUCAGCCAGACAUUUGCACCCACUCUCGCGCUUCCUGAAUCUUCCCUUCAUGCAGUAGCACAACCGAGUGAUGUUCCAAGUUCCAACGUACCUGCAACAAUUCCAGAGGAGCGUCUCGAUAUGCCCCGCCGGUCAAGCUCAUUGAUCUCUUCCUCAAAUUCCCGCUCUCCUCGUCCUGUGACCCAGGACAUGUCUGAUUCUGUCGGGCUUAUGCAGAGGCGCUCGACCUUGGAGCAUCCAAAGCCUGCUCCCGGUGCCUCGCAAAAGACCGGCUCUGAGCAGUUGGCCUCUGGAAGAGGAGAGCUGCUUCUGUUAGCUCGGCGAUCUCUCGAGGAAAUCGCUCGGAGACGUGGCUGGUCCGAGAAAUGGAAUGAUCUUGGCCUGCUCUUUGAUGACAGUAAUCGUUCCGGGGUGAGUGACCUAGCAGAAGUCUCCUUGGACGAAAAUGAGGAUUCAACGCCGCAAAAGGAUCCGGGCCCGAAACAGUCCUCGCUUGUGGGCAUUGCGCUGCCCGCUUUGUUGGCUGCGCUCAGCACGAAGGACGCAUUUUUGUCACUCUUUGAAGAUCUCACAGACAAUAUCAUCUGUCACUAUAUGGCUGCAAACCGCACUUACUCUGCCCAGACGGCCCUCGCAGAAAUUGCUAUUUUGCGAUUCCGACAGGCCGAUUAUGAAUCUGCUGCGUCCUUCUUCCACCAAAUGGCUCCAUUCUAUGGCAGCAAGGUCUGGGUAGUCUUGGAGGGGACAAUGCUAGAACUGUAUUCGCGCUGCUUGAAAGAGCUCGAGCGCAAUGAGGACUACGUCCGCAUGAUGCUAAAGUUGCUCUCCAAGUAUGCUUCUUAUGCCGCGUCGCGCAUUUCACACAGUAAGAUGGCCCUGUCGGCCCCAACUUCAAUCCUGGAGCAAGAGAAAUUGGCCGGGUAUGUCUCCGGUCUUUUUGAAGCAGCACGAACUCUGCAGAAAGAUAUCAACGCAUCUCUGGUCGACUUUUUCACGGACGUGCAUGUCGACCCGGCAAUUCAACUUUACGAUGACAAAGAUGGUUUCCAGAUCCGGUUGUCGCUGCGAUUCCUGCUGGGUCCGCAGAUUGAGGUCGACUCUAUCAAGGUCCGGCUGGUUGGUGCCAACAACUCUCAGAAUGCGGAGCAUUGGAUUGAGGGUUCGACCAAAUUCGUCGUCAAGUCUUCAAAGACGAAGAUCCUCAUUGACUCUUCGACGACACUGCAAGGCAAAUACAUCGUUGACCGAUUGGAGAUGAAAUCCGGUAAUUUGCUCUUCACGUACCACAGUGGCAACCAAUCCGCGCUGCCUGUUGGAUUCCGGGAAACAGACGAAGCCGAGGAGGCUAGCCAGCGGCCGUACAUCUACUGUUAUCCUCCUCCAGAUGGCCUGCAGGCCAAAGUGGUGUCGCCCCACCUGAUCAAUCUGGAGGCGAUGCGUACGCUGGAGCUGGAGCUCAGCAGUGGACGCAAUGAUAUCAAGGCCGGCACGGUUCGUGUUCGACCAGCCACUGCAGGGCUACGGCUUCGAAGUACAGAGGUGGAGGUUGUGGAGGGCCAGCUGGAGGUGUCGGCUAACGGUGACUCGGGAGUCAUCGAGUUUACCCACCUCCCACCCAAGUCAUUUGUGCGUCUACGCAUUCCGUAUACUGUCGAGGAGGCGUUCACUACCCUCUCCGCAAGGGCAGAAGUCGGGUAUGAGACUGAGCAGGGCAAAUUUGCCUUUUCAACGGCCCACGACAUCAUUGCGACGCUUCCCAUAUCGGUCAACGUGCAGGACGUCUUCAAGGAUGAAGUGCUGUUCUCACGAUUCACAGUCAGCCCCGCCAUGCUGGUCCCAUUGCGCAUCACGAACUGUAGCCUCCCAAGUUCAGAGUCCUACGAGGUGCAGUCCAGCAUUACAGGCCCCGUCGCCCUCGAUGUCUUCCCCAAGCAACCCGCCUCUCUGCUGUACAAGAUCCGUCUCUCGGGUACUCCUAAAUCAAGAUCACGCAGCCUUCGUCUGCGCGUUGAUUUUACUUGCAUUGACGACGAAUGCUUUGAUGCGAUCGAGAAGCUCUUCGCUGCUAGCAUGGAGUCAAGCCCCUUUGCUCAGUACGCUACGCUCUUCACAUCGUACCUCAUUGGCAGCUUCCGCAAUCAGCUCUCCACCGCAGAUUUGGAAGUCAUUGGCCUGGUACGAGAGGUCGAGACGCUCUCAUACCGCAGUGUACGAUGGGACGAUCUGCUGGGAGCACUGAAAGACCGCACCGAGGAGAUGCGCCAGUGGCUGAAGGCGUGGCAUGAUAACAAUCCGGUCAUCCGGCUUCCCCAACAGCCCACCAUCCCCACCCGGAGCAUUGCCAUCCCGGUUGAGAUUCCCGAAAUCCAAGUGGUGCAUACGGCGGAGCUGCAGCUUUAUCCCAGCUCCGAAGCCAUGGGAUCCGGUGCUUCCCACGCCGCCGUAGGCCAGAUGAUCUCCGCUGAACUCUCCCUACGCCACACGCGUCGGUGGUGCUCCCCAGCAACCCAGGAGCAUGCAGGCCAAGCGCUGGAGUGUUCGUACGAGCUGCACGCCAACCCGGAUCUGUGGCUGCUCGGUGGUCGCCGCCGGGGCAACUUCCUCGCCCGCGAGGGCGAAACCACCCGAUUCACCGUACUCCUCCUUCCCCAGAAGCCGGGCCACCUUCUCCUACCGGGCUUAGAAAUCCGCACAUUUGCCCCUCCGUCGCCACAGCCACCCACGUCCCCGACCGCGCCUGAUGCUGCAGCCGGAGGCCCCGUGGCACCAGUUCAGCGCCGGCCCAUUCCGUGUGAGGUAGACUACCGCAACCACGGCGAGACGAUGUUGGUAUUACCGGAUCUACGCAAGACGACCGUCAGCCUCAGUGCGUCGGGUAGUCCAGGUGGGCCGUGGCUGGUGGACUCGGAGCGACGGGCAGAAGUGCACUGA